AUGAACAGCUCAGUAAAUGGCUUUAGUACUGAGGAUGACAGCCGAAGUGGACAUGAUCAGAUAUGCAGUUUGAUAGAUGAUGGUGAACGUUGCACGCGACAGGCUGGCAAUGCCAGCUACAGCAAACGUAUACAGAAGACUGUACAACAGAAGAAACUAAAACUAACUAGAGAUGAUUGUGUAUCUCAUAUUUAUAUCUGUGACCACCAUAAAAGUGUGAUUCACAGUGUUCGUUCCAAGCGGAAAAGAAAAGAUAGUGAGGAUGAUCGUGGGUCUGUGGAAGGAGAUGAUGAAGUUGUUCCUGAGAUUGAUUUCUUCCAAAUGCCAGUAAACACUCUUCGCAGAUACAGAAGACACUUUAAGUUACCUACUCGACCUGGAACUAAUAAGGCUCAAUUAGCUGAAAGUGUUGGACGACAUUUUAAGACCAUCCCAGUUGUAGAGAAAGAAGCUUUGACAUAUUUUAUCUAUAUGGCAAAGAAUUUCAAAAGUCGCUUUUCUUCUUUUUACAUGAAGAAAACUUGGAAAUGUGAAAGCAAAUUUUCCCCCCCUCCAAGAAAAGAAAAAAAUAAUUACAGAUUGAAGCCUUUCAUUCUGUGCUUAUGUUUGGACAAAGCUGAAGUUGGCUGCCAAACUUGCUUGCUCUGGUUAAUACAACUGAUACUAUUAUUUAGGGCAGACAGGACCAGAAAUCAUGAUAUCUUUCUCUCUCUCUCUGUUUAUCUUUUCCCUUCUUGA